GCUUGUUGCUUUCACUUGGGAAGCUGCUGCCGCCGCUGACUUGGGCACAAAUCCCCACACCAAUCGGUCCAUGGAGCCCGUUACCCUCAAGUUUCUCUUUGCAAACAAGGAGGGGGUGAAGAUUACAUUGGCUUCGACGCGCGACAAGCAUGUAUCGGAUGUGAAGCAGCAGCUCUUGGCAGUGUGGCCUGCAGAUUUGGCCAAACCAGAGUCGCUCACCAGCAUUCGGCUCAUUUGCAUGGGGCUGGGGGUGCUCCAAGAUACCAAGACCCUCGUGGAGUGCAAAGUGCCCAUCUUCCCAGGCCACCCCACCCCCGUCAACGUCUCCAUCUUACCCCCCAAAUCUGAAACUCAAGCACUCAUUGCGUCACACGACAACGCUUCCCGUAUCGUACCUGCCAACCUCAGUUGCUGGUGCACAAUAUCAUAAAAUCCACGACCCCACUCCUGCCAUCGAAUGCAAUCUUCUACAAUUACCAUCGGAAUGCCCACUAAAUCGAGCAUGUGAAGCCAAUGACGAACACCGUGGUUAGGUCGACUAGGAAUUUUGUAUCAGCAUAUGUGCGGCGUAGUAUAUUGCAGAAGGCAGUGUUAAUUCCUACUGACUCAACCAUGACCGCGAACAUCGGAACGUACCGGUGGAUGGCGGCGCCAGAGGUGCUCAUGGACAAUUACUACUCGGAACUGG